AUGUAUAUAAUCAACCAAUUAUUGCACCCCCUUGCAGCCAUUGUUACAUAAUUCGAUUAGAAAAUAUUAUCAUUAAAAAGACAAACAAAUUCAGCAAGUUACAUUCUAUCCCCUUAAAUCUAUAAUAACUUCCAAUCAGCCAUGAAGCCCAGUAGUAAAAGAAAGAUCAAGAAAAAAAUAACAAAACACAUCAUACAUUUCAUCAUAUUCAAAGAGGAGCAUCUAAGUUCUCCUCAUAAUACAAAUCAAUAUCUACUAACAAAACACAUAAACUAAGAAAUUUGCAAAGAUGUUGACCCAAAAGAACCUGGCAGCCACAAUCGAGUGAUCCACUAUUUUAACUCUAAGACUCAGAAAGACUAGUUAAAGACUGCAUUGAUAUGCUAAACAAAUAACCCUGAAUAUACUCAAUCACUAUUGUUUAAUGUUAUUAUUUAUUCCUUAUAUUUAGUUUUAUAUAAUUUUAUUAAUGAUGGCUUCUCUAUAAAUUAAACUAAGUAAAUUAGAGUCUUUUUAUACCGACCAUCCCUCGAAUACAAUUAAAGACCCUGCUAAUAAUGCAAUAAAAAUUUUUUGAAAUUCUAAUGA